UUUAUAUUUUAUAACUUUUUUUCAUUGAUAGUUUUGGAGUAGAAGUUAUUUUAGCCUCUGGCGAUGCAGCACGCAUCUAUAGCACUUCCUCAGCGGAUCAUUCUUAAACAGGAACCAGUCAAGAGCCCCAGUGAGUUGUUGGCAGCUCUCAUGUGGUGCAGCUGCAACAGCCUCGAUCUAAAACCGCUGGACAGAAGCCGAGCGCAGGUUACACAUAUCCAAAUAUGCGCGUAAUUGGAGUGCACUGGCGAGGCGUCCCUUGCACCCCCAACGUUACCGAGUUAACGUUGUCGUGAUGUUUAAUACUUCGGAAAUUGAGCUCACUUUUAACAAGAAAGAGGAUAUUUCCGAAGUUAUCAAUGGCACUAGUCUGCAGUUUUUGUACACCGUCACCACCAGUCCCACAACCAUGGGGAACGAGUCGUGCGGGGAGCAGCUGCUGGAUUUCGGGCGCCCGGAGAAGAUCAUUAUCGGGGUGAUGUUGGCGAUCAUCACGGCGGUCACCGUCAUGGGAAACACGCUGGUGGUGAUCGCGGUGUGCGUGGUGAAGAAGCUGAGGCAACCUUCGAACUACCUUCUGGUAUCCCUGGCAGUGGCUGACCUCUCGGUGGCCAUUGUUGUGAUGCCGUUUGUGAUAGUGACAGACCUCACCGGGGGCAAGUGGCUUUUUGGAGACGUGUUCUGCAACAUCUUCGUCGGCAUGGAUGUAAUGUGCUGCACUGCCUCCAUCAUGACCCUGUGUGUGAUCAGCGUCGAUAGUGGAGGAUAA